AUUUGUAAUUUCUUUCUCUACUAAAACUACUAGCCAGUAUGGUGCUAACUAAGGUAGCUGCUGAAAACUCGCCAAUAAGGGUGCCUUUGCUUCAACUGGUGGUGAGAGAGUAUGAUGAAGAACGUGAUAAGACGGCCGUGGAGGAGAUGGAAAGGAAGUGUGAACUUGAGCAGCGUGGAAAUCCUUCUUUAGUCACUGAUCUCAUGGGUGAUCCUAUAUGUCGCAUUCGCCGUUUCCCGACACACGUUAUGCUGAUUGCAGAGUACGGAGAACAAAAUAUAGUUGGUGUGAUAAGGGGUUGUGUAAAAGAGGCAACAUCAGGCAGUUCAUUUUUUGUAAGGCUUGCUUAUAUUUUGGGACUUAGGGUCUCUCCCACGCACAGGAGGCUAGGCAUUGGUACAAAACUGGUCACACAUUUGGAAGAAUGGUGCAAGCAAAACGGAGCAAACUAUGCAUACAUGGCCACAGACUGCACAAACGAGGCUUCUAUCAAUCUGUUCACAAUAAAAUGUGCAUACCAAAAGUUUCGCACACCCACAAUAUUGGUCCAACCAGUCCAUGCACACAAGAAGCCAAUAUCCUCGACCAAAAUUGCAAUCGUUCAACUUCCAGCCAAGCUAGCCGAGUCAAUCUAUUGCCAACUCUUUGCCCAGUCAGAAUUUUUCCCCAAAGAUAUCCACACCAUUUUAUCUAGUCACCUCAAUUUGGGUACUUUCAUGGCCCUACCGAAAAAGUCCCUCCUCCAGUUUGAUCCACAAAGGGACACUACUCUGCCUACAAACUUUGCCAUCCUCAGUGUUUGGAACACGAAAGAAGUGUUCAAGUUGCAAGUGAAGGGAGUGUCGAGCCUAACGUAUGCAUGCUGCGUGGGGGCUAGGGUUUUGGAUGCAUGGCUUCCAUGGCUGCGAUUGCCUUCGUUUCCCAACGUUUUUAAGCAGUUUGGGGUCCACUUCAUGUACGGGCUACACAGGGAGGGUAAAAACGGAAAUUGGCUCAUGAAGGCAUUGUGCAACUUUGUGCAUAACAUGGCUAGAGAAGACGAUGGUUGUGCUGCUGUGGUGACUGAGGUGAGCCAGAGGGACCCAGUUAGAGAGGCAAUCCCACAUUGGAGAAAGUUGUCGUGGGAAGAAGAUAUGUGGUGCGUUAAGAAGCUUGCUGAUCAAGCAAAGCAAGGAGAGAAGAGGACAUCAUCUGAUGACGGCCAGUUUGAUUGGAUUAACACUCGAUCUUCUUCAUCGGUGGUUUUUGUUGACCCACGUGACUUCUAGCAUGCAUAUAUAUGUACUCAUAUCAUAUUGAGAAGGAAAUAAAAUGUUCA